UGCAACAUUAGGGAUACCAGCGGAAAACCCCAGAGAAGAGGAAGAAGGAGCCGCGGCAGGAGAAGAAGAAGAGCGGUGUAUAGCAUGUAGGAGUAGUUUCUGAGCGGGGCCAGCGAGCCGCUGUCAAACACUAGCAACAGAGCCAUCAUGGCGGACUGGGACGCUGACAACUUCGAGCCGGAGGAGCCGAUUAAAAAGGCUGUGCUGGACAAAUGGGAAGGCGAGGACGAAGAAGAAGAUGUUAAGGACAACUGGGAUGAUGAUGAGGAGGAAGAGAAGAAGGUGGAGGUGAAAAAAACAGAAACAAAGGUAUCUGAAAAGAAAAAGCUGAGUGAGAAAAUAAAGGAGAAAGAGAAUCGGUUAAGGAAAAAACAAGAGGAAAUACAACAGAUACCAGAGGAUCUUACUCCUGAAGAGCAAGCAGCAGAAAAGUUAAGAGUGAAGAAGUUACAGGAGGAUGCAGACUUGGAGUUAGCAAAAGAUGCUUUUGGUAUCAGCAGCUCCACAAACAAUGUCGCCGGCAUUGAUUCCAUGUGUCCAUCUUCCAAAGAUGAAUUCACAGAGUUUGAAAAAUUGCUGAAAGAUAAGAUAACCCAGUUUGAAAAAUCUGUGCAUUAUUCAGAUUUUUUGGAUUCAUUGUUUCGGGAACUCUGUAUUUCACUGGAAAUAGAUGACUUGAAGAAAAUCAGUAAUUCCCUGACAGUCCUACUUAGUGAAAAACAGAAACAAGAAAAACAAAACAAAGGAAAGAAGAAGAAGAAAGGAGUUUUAGCUGGCGGUGGAUUGAAAGCGAAGAUGAAAGAUGACCUUGACUAUGCAGAGUUUGAUGGUGGCUACGCCCAAGACUAUGAGGACUUCAUGUGACAUUGGCUCCAUCCCCACUGCCCUUCCCUCCUCCCACCCCUCAGAAAUGCAGCUGUACCUUCUCAUGCUGUCCAGUGCCAUCCUGGAAAAUCUGAACUAUGUGUUGCCCCUUUCAUUUUGCUUCAGUGACUAGAGGGACUAUACCAGGGAGCAUCCAGUCUCACUAACUUUAUGUUCAUACAUAUGGAAUUGCCUUUUGUCUUAUUCAGCCUCGAAUACAUUCUCACACACACAUCAAUUACGAUCUGUUGGGUGACCCAGCUUCAAUGAAGAAUACAUUUUAACUGCUGUCUGUGUUUUGUAGGGCUCAUUUUUUAUUAAAUGUUGCUCCCAUCAAAAUGGCAGAUGAAAUACUGCAGUUCUAAGUGUGGUGACAUAGAAACAUAUGGGGUUCUAUGCAAGUUUCUUUACCCGGAAUGUCUGUAAAUAUUAUAGGUAUCUCACUUUACCUGUGGAUAGUGUUCUUACAGGAAAGUAUAUAGUAUCUAUAAAUGGUUGCCAAAUACAGAAGUUAGUCCAUACAUCUUUCAUCUUGAUCCUCAGAAAGCUGCAUUGUUGAUGCUUUGAAACGGAUGCUACAUCUGAGGUUAAUUUAUAGUUCUGCGUAGAAGUGUCGAUGUAGCUACACCGUAGUGGCCUACGCCGGUCUGAGUAUUUAGAGUUCUGAGUAAAAGAGUCUCUGCACACACUGAGCCGAUUGCUGAAACUCUAUGACAGCAGUAUCAAGACUUUAAAAUCCACGUUAAAGAAGCAUUGAUAAACGGAAGCAAUGUUAUUUACAGUUUUUGAAAGAGUUUACUCUUUGACAAAAUGGCAGUGUUCAAAGUAAUAUUUUGGGAUGUGUCUCACCAUGAAUUUAGUGAAAUCUUGCAUUCUGGAUAUUUUAGGGAUGAGUUGGCAACAUGACUAACCUCAGUUCCAGCUGGUUAAAUAUCGAUGAUAUUCAGUACAACUGAAAAUGCAAAAUUUGUCACAUGGGCCAAUCAGUUCUCGCUCUGAGAGGCGCACCUAAGCUACAGUAGCAGCCUCUGCAGGCUAUGCAGGAGACACACGGAAACCUGCGGCAUAGUUAAAGCGGCAAUUUGAUGCAGAAGUAUAAAUCAACCUCAUUAGUAAUUUUACAGAGAGCACAUACACUCGAGAUAAAAGGGAUAGACAAGUGUAAUGUGACUUUUCCUCAGACAUUUUGUGGAUACAUCUCUGGAAUAUCCUUGAAAAUUUGGAGCAAAGUGCUUAUAGGUAUUUUUUGUGCAUGACAAAAAUGUAAUUUACUAAUUUGAUUUCUACUAAUGCAGAUAAAAGUAUGGAUCAGGCAAGUUGAUCAACUUGCUAUAACUGGUCUCCUAAUCAUUGCUUCUGCAGGCUUGUAUCAAGUGUGAUGAGGAGCGGGGGCUUAUGGGCUUCACCCAACCAUGUCUUCAUAUGGGCUACAGUUAGUAGAAAGGGGCUUAUUUCUCCUUUUUUCUAGCAAGUGACCAGUUUCAACGUUACAUGGACAAUUGGAUAAGUACAAUAUGGAAGAUACCAGCAUCUGCAGUGUUUUAUAUGCAUUUAAUUUAAUAAAUCACUGGUCAAAAGAAUGAA